AUGGCUGUUCUCGCAGCUUCUCGCACUGCCAACACCCAGCCGAGGAGUCCACGGUCACCUUCACUGGCUCCCACAGAGGAUCAACUUGAACCCAUAUUUGAGGACAAAUUUUUCGGUACUUAUGGAGAAGAUGAUAUAGAGUGGCUGAGUGAUGAUAGAAAUAAUUCCACCAAUGAAGAGGAGGGCCUGUACGACUCAGGCGAGUGGGAACCUCCCACACAGGAUGAGAAUGAAUGGGAGCCUCCUGUAGAUGAAGAUGAUCAGGGCACUGAAGAGAUAGAAGAACAUGUUGUAGGGCAAGAUAAUAUUGUUGUCGUACCAUAUCCGGAUGCACGCGCAGGUAAACCCAUAACUGGACGACCUACUCGCUGUGCAAAUGCCACAUAUGGAAUUGAUGCUGGCAGCACUGUAAACAUUUAUGCCCCCUUUUCCUCCCAAAUGGACUGGGAUAUCGCCAAAUGGGCGAAGCUACGUGGUUCUAGCUCAACAGCAUUUACUGACUUGCUUGAAACUGAUGGAAAUUCAAAAGAGCUAGACAAGAUCAUCGACAACAACCUUCCCGGGCGACUGAAGUUCAAGCGUGAACAAAUCAUUGUUGCGGGGGAAGCAUUCAAUGUCUUCUACAGAGACAUUAGUAAAUGUAUCAAAGUGUUGUACAGUGACCCUGACUUCACUGGUUUUCUAGUAUUUGCACCUGAGCGUCACUACGCUGAUGAAGAUCAAACCGUACAGUUGUUUCAUGACAUGCAUACCGGCCAGUGGUGGUGGGACACGCAAAGAGCGCUUGAUCAACGACGUCCAGGCGCCACAAUCAUUCCCGUUAUUAUAUCGAGCAAUAAAACCCAGGUGACGAUGUUCAGGAAUAAAAGUGCCUAUUCCGUCUAUCUCACCAUUGGUAACAUUCCAAAAGAAAUUUGCAGAAAGCCAUCCCGUCACGCCCAUAUCCUCUUGGCAUACUUGCCCACUACCCGCCUUGAGCACAUCGCAAAUAAAGCUUCAAGAUGCCGUACUAUUUCAAACCUUUAUCAUGCCUGUAUGAGUCGCAUACUGGCUCCACUUAAGACUGCUGGUACUGAUGGGCUGGUAAUGAGUAGUGGUGAUGGCGUGGAACGUCAUUGUCAUCCUUUGUUUGUGUGCUUUGCGGGCGACUAUCCUGAGCAAUUGCUCGCUACUGGAGUGAAGGAAAUGGAAUGCCUGAAAUGUGACAUUCCUACAGAGGAACUCGGGAGUAACACGGCACCAUUCGAAAUACGCGACCUUCACGCUGUUUUGGACACUCUUUCCAGGAUUGACGACGGUGACCUGGUGUUUGUACAGGCAUGUCGUGAAGCUGGAAUCAAACUCAUUAUACACCCAUACUGGGAGGACCUCCCUCAUGCAAACAUUUUUCAGGCAGUCACACCUGACGUACUACAUCAGUUGUAUCAAGGUCUUAUCAAACAUCUGCUUGGAUGGCUCGCACAAGCAUGUGGUGCAGCAGAGAUUGAUGCACGAUGUCGUCGCUUACCUCCCAAUCAUCAUAUUCGAAUAUUCAUGAAGGGUAUCACCAGCCUCUCAUGUCUCAGCGGUACUGAACACAGUCAAAUAUGCCGAUUUCUCCUCGGUAUCAUCAUCGAUACUCGACUUCCUGGAAACCUUGCUUCAUCUCGCCUCCUCAAGGCUGUGUGCAGUCUUCUCGACUUCCUUUACCUCGCUCAGUACCCAUGUCAUAGUUCUGAGACGCUGCUUUUACUGGAUGAAGCUCGUGCUCUCUUUCACGACAACAAGGAGAUAUUCAUUGACCUCGGAAUCCGAACCAAUUUCAACCUCCCGAAGCUCCACUCAGGACGCCACUACUUGACUAUGAUUCGAACUUUUGGGACGACAGAUAAUUAUAAUAUGGAGUACACAGAGCAGCUACAUAUCAAUCUUGCCAAGGAUGCCUACCGUGCGACCAAUCAUAAGGAUGAAUUUAUACAGAUGACGAAGUGGCUAGAGCGGAAGGAGAAAAUCGCUUGUCAUGAGCAGUUCAUAAAAUGGCGUCUUGAUGAGGAUCAUGCUCCUCAUCAUCUGCAUCCACCUGACUUACACUUUGAUCGCACCCAGCAAUUGACAAAGCAUCCAAGCGCUAAAGCUGUCCCCAUUCAAAAAUUGAUCACUGACUAUGGUGCAACCUACUUCCAACAGGCCCUCGCUCGUUACAUCGCACAACAACAGAAUCCAAAUGAGGUGAUUACUCGCCAGCGCCUGGAAAACCUUUCUGCAGGUAUUCAUCUGCCUUUCCAUGCUGUUCCUGUGUAUCACAAGAUAAAGUGGUUGUUGACCGACGCUCGGGGACACGGCGAUCCGCCUGUCACAGUGGAUAGUAUACAUGCUAGACCCCAUCACAAUGCCCAACGCGAAAAUGAUGUGGUACCAGCACGCUUUGAUACUGCACUUAUCAAUGAUGGUACUGGCUUCCAUGUAGGUCAAAUUCAUCUCGUUUUCUCAAUUCCGGCAUCAGCAACACAGUUUUUGUUCCCUCCAACAAACCAGCCCCCAAAGCAUCUCGCAUAUGUGGAGUGGUUUACCCCCUUUCCUGCAACACCGGAUCCAGGACACAGCAUGUACAAAAUUAGUCGGUUAAUCAAGUCUGGUGAGAGAGUCAUGAGUAUCAUUCCGGUGUCCAAUAUUACCCGCAGCAUCCAUCUCAUGCCAAGGUUUGGAGCUGUUGCACCGCGACACUGGACAGUCAACAAUGUUCUUGAAGAAUGUGACACCUUCUUCGUUAAUUGUUAUAUUGAUAGGCAUAGUUUUGUGACGCUUAGAUGA